UCUAAGUCCAGCGGGAAGAGAAGUGUUAUUGAAAACAGUAAUUACAGCUCUACCAACAUAUGCUAUGUCUUGUUUCCUGCUUCCAAAAAAACUAAUUAAUGAAAUCACCACUAGUAUGCGAAAUUUUUGGUGGUCAGGACAAAAGGAUAAGCAAAAGAUUCCAUGGAUAAGUUGGAAAAAGGUUACUGCUUCAAAAAGAGAGGGAGGGCUAGGAAUAAGAGAUAUGGAGAUGUUUAAUUUAGCACUGGUAGCUAAACAAGGCUGGAGAAUUAUUAGAAAUCCAUCUUCUCUGAUGGCUAGAGUAAUGAAAGCUAAAUACUUUAGGCAUACAGAUUUUUUGCAGGCUCCCACUUACAAAAAUUCCAGCUAUGCUUGGCGCAGCAUAUUACAAGCGAGGAGAUUAAUACAGGAAGGAACGAAAUGGAUUGUGGGAGAUGGAAGCAAAAUAAGGGUAUGGGAGGAUAAUUGGAUUCAUAAACAACCAGCCAAACCAGCUUCAGGGAUAGGAUACUCCUAUAUGGAGUUUCACAAAGACAGGGGAAUACACUGUAAGAUCAGGUUACCAUCUAAGCAAUCAGCUAUGGAAUCAUCUGAAGGAGGAGGAACAAGGAAAUCGGUGUUUAACAGAGGAAAUGAAGAGAAGCUGCUCAGGUAUAUGGGCGUUGGAUUUACCACCGAAAGUUAAAACCUUUUGGUGGAGAAUAAUGCAUAAUGGACUACCUGUGCAGGAAAAUCUAAAAAGAAGAAACAUAAAGAUUGAUGGUAAAUGUCUCAUGUGUGGAGAUUAUCCUGAAACACAAUCCCAUUUGCUUUUUCAAUGCAGAGUUACAAGAGAGAUUUGGUCUCUGGCGCCUACAAGUGUUACUUGGGAAGCAGAAGUCAUGGAAGACACACAACACAGAAUAGAUAAGUUAAUUACUUUGGCUAAAAAGAUAAGAGAGAGCUCCUCAAUUUCUACAUUGGAUGGAGAGUAUGGAAAAAGAGAAAUAAUAUUGUUUUCCAUCAGAAAAGGGAGCACAUAGUCAAAGUAAUUCAUGAUGCAAUACGAGAUUUAAAUCAAUGGAAGGAUGCGAAUAGCUGCUUGAAUCAAAGGAGUACAAACAAUGAAAGAUCAAAGGAGGAACCGGUACAUUUACAGCAGACUAUACCGCCGGGUGCUAAAUAUUAUUGUCAGGUUGAUGCUUCAUGGAGAAAUGAUAUGGAAGUGGCAGGUAUUGGUUGGUCCUUACAUAGCAUGCAAGGCAAUCAAUUGCUUCAAGGAUCCACUUCCAUACAAGCAACAAAUACUCCAAGAGAAGCGGAAGCUGAAGCACUGCGCAUGGCAGUCACUCAAAUGAGAGCGCUAGCAUUUGAUAAAGUACAUUUCCUGAGUGACUGUAAGGCUAUAUUGGAUGAGUUGGCUCAGUAUAUCACAAGAGCAACUACUAAGAAAGGCCGUAACACGGAGAGCAUCUCCAUGAUACAGGACAUUGCAAAAGCAGCUAAAGAUGCUGAUUUUACUUUCUCGUUUAUAACUAGAAAUAGAUUAAGUUUAGUAGAUGAACUUGCUAAGAAAGCUAGAUGUAAUAAUCAAAACUAUGUAAUAACUUGGUUUUAAUAUAAAUACAAAUGGGUUGC